AUGUCACGUAUACAUUCGAUUUCAGACUUGAAAUUUAUAAAACCACCUACGCUACAUUCUUGGCUAACAAAAAGUGCCUCACCUCAUGGCUCCUUAGCAAUAAUAGACGUUCGAGAAUCUGAUUACGUAGGAGGGCAUAUCAAGGGCAGUUGGCAUUUUCCAGCUGGUGAUUUCUAUACUUCAUUACCAGAAAUUUAUAACAGAAUUUACAACAACAAAAUACAUGACGUUGUAUUCCAUUGUAUGUUAUCGCAAUCAAGAGGUCCUUCAGCAACUUUGAAAUUUUUACGAUCAAUUGAUGAUAUUGUUGAUUCAAAAGUGAAGCUGUAUUUGGAAAAUGAUGUUCAUGUGUACGUUUUGAAAGGUGGAUUUAAUAGAUGGCAAGGAGAGUAUGGUAAAGAUUCUAGUGUUACUGAAGAUUAUAAUGCUGAAUUAUGGGAAAUGGGACUAUAA